GGCAUAGGGGCGGGGACAGCCCCGGGCCCCGCGGGCCGUCCGUUCGGCUCCGGGGUGUGUUACCCAAAGAAUGAUAAAGUUGGUUUUAUUUCAAGAAGUCGAUCGAAAAGAAAGCCUCAGCGUCUAGAGUUCAGCUGACGGGAAAGGGGGUGCGCAGCCUCGAGUUUGAGAGCUAUCCGGAGCCCCAAAACAGGGGUGGGCGCCAGCUCCCUGCACGCCCUGAGCUUCUAUCGUAGGGAAAGAGGAUGCUACCCUGAAAGUGGGGAUACUUGCUUUCGAUGAUGUCGGGGAGAGAGGAGGUCUAUACUGGCGGAAUUGAGAGAGUGGAGGGUCUGCACUGAAGACACUGGGGAAGGGCCGGACCAUGGGAACCCCAAAGCCACGGAUCCUGCCCUGGCUGGUGUCGCAGCUGGACCUGGGGCAACUGGAGGGCGUGGCCUGGGUGAACGAGAGCCGCACGCGCUUCCGCAUCCCUUGGAAGCACGGCCUACGGCAGGAUGCACAGGAGGAGGAUUUCAGAAUCUUCCAGGCCUGGGCCGAGGCCACUGGUGCGUACGUUCCCGGGAGGGAUAAGCCAGACCUGCCAACCUGGAAGAGGAAUUUCCGUUCUGCCCUCAACCGCAAAGAUGUGUGUUUAGCAGAGGACCGGAGCAAGGACCCUCACGACCCACAUAAGAUCUACGAGUUUGUGAACUCAGGAGUUGGGGACUUUUCCCAGCCAGACUACUCUCCGGACACCAAUGGCGGAGGCAGUACUUCUGAUACCCAGGAAAACAUUCUGGAUGAGUUACUGGGUAACAUGGUGUUGGCCCCACUGCCAGAUCCAGGACCCCCAAGCCUGGCUGUAGCCCCUCAGCACUUGCAGAGCCCCAGCUUGGACAGUCCCACUCCCUUCCCAAACCUGGAGCCCUCUGAGAACCCACUGAAGCGGCUGUUGGUGCCGGGGGAAGAGUGGGAGUUCGAGGUGACAGCCUUCUACCGGGGCCGCCAAGUCUUCCAGCAGACCAUCUCCUGCCCGGAGGGCCUGCGGCUGGUGGGGUCCGAAGUGGGCGACAGGACGCUGCCUGGAUGGCCAAUCACACUGCCAGACCCUGGCAUGUCCCUGACAGACAGGGGAGUGAUGAGCUACGUGAGGCACGUGCUGAGCUCCCUGGGUGGGGGACUGGCUCUGCGGCGGGCCGGGCAGCGGCUCUGGGCCCAGCGGCUGGGGCACUGCCACACAUACUGGGCAGUGAGCGAGGAGCUGCUCAACAGCGGGCAUGGGCCUGAUGGCGAGGUCCCCAAGGACAAGGAAGGAGGCGUGUUCGACCUGGGGCCCUUCAUUGUAGAUCUGAUCACCUUCACAGAAGGAAGUGGACGCUCACCACGCUAUGCCCUCUGGUUCUGUGUGGGGGAAUCAUGGCCCCAGGACCAGCCAUGGACCAAGAGGCUCGUGAUGGUCAAGGUUGUGCCCACGUGCCUCAGGGCCUUGGUAGAAAUCGCCCGGGUAGGGGGUGCCUCCUCCCUGGAGAACACUGUGGACCUGCACAUUUCCAACAGCCACCCACUGUCCCUCACCUCUGACCAGUACAAGGCCUACCUGCAGGACCUGGUGGAGGAUAUGGAUUUCCAGGGCCCUGGGGAGACCUGAGCCCUCGCUCCUCAUGGUGUGGCCUCUAACCUCCCCACCCCCCACCACCUCAACCAAUAAACUGGUUCCUGCUAUGAUCA